CACAAAUAAAGGUUAAUGUUCUGCUGUAAAGAUCUGUUGAUAAAGUUAUAUAAAAGCUACAAUCACAUUGAUGUUAUCGCAGGUUUCGUUCAUAACUUUAAAGUUCGUGGGCGCUCAAGCGUUAAGGACCUCAAAUCAGAAUACGACAUCAAGUCGGUGAUGCAUUACGGGGGGUUCUCGUUCUCGAAGAACCGGCAACCCACCAUUGUUGACAAGGUAACAGGGAAGGUUGUGAAGUCACAAAGGAAGGGAUUGUCCUCAAAAGACAUCAAGGAAGCGAGGGUGUUGUACAAUUGUGCGGACGGGCCUGGGAUUGUUCCACAACCGGGUGACGCCUGGGGCUCGUGGGGUGAUUGGGGGGUGUGUAGCGCCUCAUGUGGCAAAGGUACCAAGGUGAGGGUACGUAGUUGUCGUAGCAACAACGACACCAUCGUGCACGAUCGACGAUGUGGGAGGGAAUAUUACGAGAGCGAUGAUUGUGAGGGGGGCGAGUGCGGGGAGGGAAAGUGGGGGGAGUGGAGUCCGUGUUCGGUUACGUGUGGUGGGGGGAGCAUGCACAGGGAAUCGUGUUGCGAUCGUAACUCUAAGAUCGAGAAGAAAGAUUGUUCACCAGCUCCAUGCAUAUCUAAUGAUGGGGGUGCCAUGUGGGGUGUGUGGGGGGCGUGGUCGGGGUGUUCCGCUACAUGUGGGGGUGGGUGGGUACGUAGGCGUCGCCCAUGCAUGGGUGAGUCAAACACUACGGUACCCGUGCAAGAGUGCCCGACUCAAUUACCCUCGUUCAACGAACUACAAGCGUGCGCUACUGAGGACUGUGAUGGAACAACCGCUUCCAACAUUAAAUGGGGCGUGUGGGGGGAGUGGUCCAGUUGCUCAAGGUCAUGUGACAAAGGGGUCAAACAAAGGUAUCGUGAUUGUGAAGGGGGCUUCCCCGGAACAGGAAGCUGCGUUGGUGAACAGGAGGGUUUCAUGCGAUGCGUGGUCGUUGAAUGUCCGCUGGUUGAGGUGCAAGAUGAGGUGAACUGGGGACCUUGGUGGGCGUGGUCGCACUGUAGUGCCUCGUGUGGUAGCGCUACACGAACUCGCACGAGGGUUUGUUACUCGUUGCAUUACAAAGCGGCCACUAGGUGUGUGAGUGAGCGUGGGAAUUCGGAAGUAGACACACAACUUCGGAAGUGUGACAAUCAGGUUUGUGUGGGAGGUUACACUGAAGAAGUGGGCGUGUGGGGGGCAUGGUUGGAGUGGGGGGCGUGUACCAAGUCCUGUGGGGGUGGGGCACAUACAAGAUACCGCGUAUGCAUAGGCGAGGGUUGCGAGGGAAAUCCCGACCAAGUUCAACCUUGCAACACCAAGUCAUGUUAUCAUGAGUUUACGACGAGCGAGCCCGUUGGGUGGGGGGGUUGGUCCGCUUGGUCGAGUUGCUAUGGUAACAAUACACAAACCAAAUAUCGGUCGUGCUUCAAUGAUUUGAUGGACGUAACGGUUGGCUGCACAGGAGAGGACAGCCAAUCAAAACCUUGCAGGACAUGCAACUUAUGGGAAGGUUGGGGAACGUGGGGUUCUUGUAGUCGAUCGUGUGGACUUGGGGUCCAACACAGAUCACGUGAAUGUUCGUUCAUGAGCGGUUGUGAUGAUGGAUCUUAUGAAUCGCGUAAAUGUUUCAAUAAUUGUUCAUCUAUUCAAGACCUUCCAUGGAUUGUACGCACCCAUAUAUGUAGUGAAGGAUGGACAACGUUAGCGCGUGUUAAUAACGAUCAUUAUCAAGAUGUUGUUUGUGUUCAACAAUAUCAACAAAUCAGAAUCUUGUUAAACAACAACUUGAACUUUGUCUUCUCCCAACCCCACAACAUUAGUGUUUGCCCCAACACCCCCAAUAUUGAUGGUGGUCGGUUGUUUGUUGCUGACUUUAAUGGGGAUCAUCUCGAUGAUAUUCUGUGUGUUUAUAACGGGACCACAAAGAUCACAUUAAACAAUGCUGGGGGUUACGUGGGGUCACUUCAGGUCACCACGGACAUCGGUAACUUCUGUAACGCAUCAACGAUCGCCCCGGUCUACCUCGACGACGAGCAUAAGGCUCAUCUGCUGUGCAUACAUAAAAACGGGGUCAUACAACUACUACCAAAUGUGUUAUGAUGUCACACAGGUAUACUAUGAUGUCAUAGAAGGCAUACACCACAGACAAUCAUGUUAGUUCAUAAUGCCUUGGCGGAUAAAAGGUCAGAUUUGCAAAAAUAAAUUUUGUUCCGAGAUAUUUUAAAAGUUGGCGACUUCUUGUUAUUUGCGAUUCAUCACUCGAUUCUGCUGUUUUUCGAUUCAUAGAAUAAUAUACAAGUGUAUAGAAUUUCAUGUUUGCCGGAAAA